CAAGAAGAGAGAUGAAAUCUAAACUCUUUCAUUCUAAACUGGCAAAAGUUAUAUAAAGAGGGUUAGGGUUAACUAAUAUUCAUAAGAUCCCUCGUUAAUGAAAUGAGAAUGAAGAUAAUUGAAAUUUUUCAGGGUGUUUUUAGACUUUUGGUAGGUUUAGAAAGUUCCGUUUGUCUUCUAACUCUGUUUUUAGAGACUCAGUUUGUUUGUUUAUUUAUUGGUAAUGUCAUCAUCUCCAAUCCAAUACCAGACACACACACUCUCUCUCUCUCUUGAAUCAAUCCAAAUGAAUCCUAACAACAACAGAAGAAACAAGAAUCAUAAUAUUAAUAAUAAUGGAGGUUCAGGUGGAGAACCCGACCAAGUGCAGCAAAUGCUACAGGCUGCCCAAGAUGAGUUGCUUCUAAAGAUGUCCGUCGGUUCUCAUAUCUCUCGCGUCUCCCCUGACUAUCUCCUCCCCGAUCUCGACCGUCGAUUCCAGGCUCUCAAGUCUCGACGCCCUCUCUCUAAUCAAUCCUCAUCCUCAACAGUUCCUCCCAAAACGCAACAGCAACAGCAUGAUGCUGUUCUAGUUGAUGAAGAUGACCUAUUGGCUAGAUUUGCUGCUCUCAAAGCUUCCUCAUCUAAUUCUACUACUGGAUUUAAUCAAGCAUGUCUCGCCGAUGAUGAUGAUGAUGAUGAUACCGAUGAAGUUGAGAAGAUCAUUCGGUGGGCCAAGGAUGCUGCUCGUCUCGACCCUUCUCCACCUUUGGAUGACGAUGUUGACGGCAGUGAUACAACUGAUGAUGAUGACGACGACGGAGAUAGAGGAGACAAACGUAAAUAGAAAAUAAUGAAGUAUUAAGAGCGUCCCCAACCCAAGUUCAUAUGAUACGCACCACUUGUACUGGGUUAGUUUUCAAGGAAAUUUUUCUAAAUUAUCUUUUGUUAAACCAACUUUGAAUUAGAAUUAGAAUUAGAAUUAGAAUUAAAACAGUUACUGUUUCUGUGUCAAUUCAUGACAAUGUUCUUACAGUUGCUGCUGGGUUGUUGAUGUCACAAGUCCAAACAUUUAUUUUACAGAAACUCCUCCCUGUUGUUGUUUGAGUAUUAAUGAAUUCAAAAUAGAUUUUUUUUUUU